ACCUUUUCGCUUAUAUUUUCAGUCAAUGUGAAGAAUCAGACUUUCUCCAAUCUAGCUAGUAGUAAGUAGUAGCAAAGCAGCAAGAGUGCAAGGAUUAGGGAAAGGCUGUGCGUCUAACGCAGAUGGGAAUUUUCGUGCAAAUUAUUUACCUCAUUCGCAGAAACAGUGAAUAUAAUAUAUAGAAUAAUUGAGAUGAAAAUCCUAAUAUGUGGAUUCAGUAAAACCGGGAGCAAGACGGCCGAUGAAGCUCUUCGGCAAUUGGGGUACAAAGUUGCUGAUCCUACCUUAUCCUGUUUCACUUUUGGGAAUGAGUGGAAUAAGAUUUUCGAUGGGAAGGCAAUUCCAAGUGAUUUGAGGAGAAUGUAUAACAAAUAUGAUGUAAUAAGUGGCAUACCCGUGUACUUUUACUGGAGAGAAUUUCUCGAAGCCUUUCCAGAUUUGAAGUUGAUAUUUUUCACCCGGGACGAAGAAAGAUGGUUAGACAGCUGGAAACACCAGGUCGAUGUUGUGAAUCAGGGUGUAUUAUCGUUUCCAUUGUCAGUAUUUUCACCCAAAGCAAAACAGUGGAUUGCAUUUAUCAAUAACUGUCUGAAAAAACAUGUUGAUCCAUCGUAUCGACCAACGUGGUCAGAAUAUCUUUCUCCCCGUAAACGAUACUUGAAGUUGGAAGAUCGACUAAUGUUGAAUGCUUUCAGGAGGCACAACAAAGAUAUUCUACAGAAUGCACCGAAAGAUAGAACUUUGGUAUGCAGCGUAAAAGAUGGAUGGACUCCUUUGUGCGACUUUUUAAAGCUUGACAAACCAAAUUUACCUUUUCCGCACGUCAAUAAGAGAGGAAACAUUUGGGCACAGAGAUUUAAAAGCGACCCAAAAGUACAAGGAAUGUUUUACGAGAUGUAUAUUUCAAUUGCUGUAAUGAUUUUGUUGGUUCCAGCAUUAGUGCUACUACUUUAACAAAGCUGAACGUUCCAUUGGAACAAAAAAUCUUCCAUUUGUUUCGAUGUUAAGAAAUCGAAUGUCCAAGUAGAAAUGCAUCGCCAAAUCUUUCCUUAUGAAACUGUCGUUUUCAUUUUAUUCGGAUUAUAUUUCAGUUACUCUUAAAAUCCAAUUACUGCAAUAUUCAGAAAGCUUGACUUGUGAUGUAUGAUGUAUAUAUUUGAGAUGUGCAAAAUUUAAUCGUCGUAUAUAGUUUUUACUUGUGUUUUUGAUCAAUAAGCUAUUGUACGCAUCAAACAGUGAAUUUACUGUCGCCAUUUCCGACAAUCUAAAUAUAGUAUUGUUAAUAACGCUA